CAAAUAUUCUCCACAACCAAAAACACCUAAUUACCUCUCUUUAUUCAAGAAUAUUUUCCUUUAUGAAGAUGACUAAGUUUUCAAUUUUAGCAACCCUAUGGCUAUUUUCAUGUCUGUUCCUUCUCGUUGUCUCUCCGGUUGCGUAUGCUUACUCCAAGUCGGAGAUCAGUUCAUGGUGUCGCCAAACACCUCACCCGCAAUCGUGUGAGUAUUUCUUGUCGAGUAAUAAAGAUUCUGCUCCAGUAAAGCAAAAACCUGAUUUCCUCAAGGAGUUGUUGAAGGUGACGCUAGAACGAGCGUGCAAGGCUGAGUCGCACACUCGUGAGCUUGGCACGAAAUGUCGUAACAAGCUUGAAAAAGCUGCAUGGGAAGACUGCCUCGAGCUUUACGAAAACACUGUCGAAAGAAUCAACAUGACUAUUGAUCCUCGUAAGCCAUGUAGCCAAUACGAGAUGCAAACAUGGCUUAGCACUGCCCUCACGAACCUCGAGACGUGUAAAGCUGGGUUCCAAGAUCUAGGUGUUGGUGGCUACAUGUUGCCAUUGAUGAACAACAAUGUAUCCGCUUUAAUCAGCAAUACAUUGGCAAUGAACAAAGGAGGAUCUCCACCGAAUAAUGUACAAAAAGGGUUCCCUACUUGGGUAAAGCCCGGUGAUCGAAAGCUGUUACAAUCUCCAACCCCGGCUUCUCAAGCUAACGUGGUGGUGGCGCAAGAUGGUUCCGGCAACUAUAAAACGAUAGGAGAAGCCAUAGCCGCCGCCGGAAAGAGGUCUGGUAGCGGGAGGUAUGUGAUCCACGUUAAGGCGGGUACUUAUAAGGAGAAUAUCGAAAUCGGAACCAAACUGAAGAACAUAAUGCUACUAGGAGAUGGUAUUGGAAAAACCAUCAUCACCGGUAGCAAAAGUGUCGGAGGAGGUGCUACGACUUUCAAAUCAGCAACAGUUGCUGUCGUUGGAGAUGGAUUCAUUGGACGAGGUAUUACUGUAAGAAACACCGCCGGACCACAAAACCACCAGGCGGUGGCACUGCGUAGUGGUUCUGAUCUCUCGGUGUUCUACCAGUGCAGCUUUGAAGGCUAUCAAGACACGCUAUAUGUUCAUUCUGAUCGACAGUUCUAUAAAGAAUGCGACAUAUACGGGACAGUUGACUUCAUUUUUGGCAACGCUGCUGUGGUGUUUCAAAACUGCAACAUUUAUGCACGUAACCCUCCUAACAAGACCAAUACAGUGACAGCACAAGGAAGAACCGAUCCAAACCAGAACACCGGAAUCUCAAUCCAGAACUGUCGGGUCAUGGCUGCAUCGGACUUGAGAGGUGCCACAGGCUCGGUUAAGACGUAUCUUGGUAGGCCAUGGAAACAAUAUUCGAGGACUGUUUUUCUGAAAACAUUUCUCGAUGGUUUAGUGGACCCUGCCGGCUGGUUGCCAUGGAGCGGUAGUUUUGCGCUUGAUACGUUGUAUUAUGGAGAGUACAUGAACACCGGUGCUGGUUCAUCCACGGCUAAAAGGGUUAAUUGGAAGGGAUACCAUGUCAUCACUAGUGCCACAGAGGCUGCAAAGUUCACAGUCGGAAACUUCAUCGCCGGUGGAUCUUGGUUGCCGGCAACCAGUGUACCGUUCUCUUCUGGCCUUUAAAUCACUCAUUGGAUAUGAUUAAAUAGUUGAAUAUCUUGGAUUGAUUAUUAAUUAGAUGUUUGUUAGCUAAAGAAUAAAGGGUUGGUAAUUCAAAAGUCCAACAAUAUGUCAUUGUCUUAAUUCGUUAAAGUUUGUAAAAUUUUAUAGUUUGUCAUUGAUUCGUUCUGGAU